CAAGCUUCUCAUCUUUCGGUCGUAGCGAGUCUCGACGCUCGCGAGAGGACCGGGAGGCUGACACUCUUCAGGUCCGGGAGAAAGCCACUCUGGCACGGAUUGGAACGAGAUGAAGACCGUCUUCCAUGAAGGCUAAGGAAGCCAUUCCAACAUGUGACCAUCACGCCGCAUCGUAACUCAGAUUGGCUGAGCAUUUCUUACUAUAGCAACCAAACAAUUUCAUCUUUAGAAAAAAAAACAUUACCACAAUGCAAUCUUCUGCCUGCUCAUCCCAGCCUGCCAAGCCACGGCGUUUCGACGGAAGCAGACGGGCCACGAACUAUGGCGGACCGAAGUCUCGUAUUGUUCAGAAAGAGGAUAAAAACAUGAACACCACCACAUCGUCCUCCCCCAGGCGGUUGACUAAAGCUCCUGUCGCUACCCCCAGGACCAGGCCAAUGGUGCAGCCUCGAGUGGCGCUCAGCCAAAGCAGGUUCGGUGCACAAAAACAGAGCUCUGUCCCUUUUAAAUCAGCUAAACCCAAACCCAAGAGCCUUCGUACAGUAGUGACAACGAAAAAAAUAUCGCCUCCUCUUCCUCCGGCUCCUUCUGUUCUCCCUCUUGACCCCAACUGCAAUGAGCCAAGCCUGCCGUGCUUGUGCUGCGACGGUCGCUCGCCGCAGGACAACAACAGCAUGUUCAACCAUAACCACAACAACAAUAACACAAUUUCUCUCAGGCAUCAACUGCAGCUUCCUCCUCCGCCUCCAGUCGCUACACCUCAGAGGAAAGAAGGGACUGGGGCGAAGGAUCAGGUUUGGUCACCCUCUCAACCAAAGCCAGAGCCUCCUUCCCAAUCUUCCAUCAAUGAAGACAUGUUAGAAAAAGCGGAUCUGGAUGACAAGAAAGAUGCUAAAUCUGAAGAGGAGGACGAUGAGAGCAGCAGUGGAGACAUCGAUAUUGAUGAUGAAGACGAUGAUGACGGUGACCGCGAUGAUGAGGACGAUGACGACACCCUUGUGCCCUCAUGUUGCGACUGCCCUCCCUCCCUGCUGGAGUUUUCACUCUCCUCCUCUACCUCAUCCUCCUCCACUUCCAUUAGCUCAUGCUCUGAUCUGGAGUCGGAUUGUGCCGAUCAAUACACUCCCCAACACCAAGAUCCUCUGUCAGUGUCAAUCAAAGACUCGUCCCCACAAUGUCAGCCGCCUGCACGUUCGCUCCCUUCCUUACCAAUCGGUCGCAGUCCCUUCACAUUGACGUCACACACCCCUAUUUCGUCCCCAGAUGAGGGCUAUCCAUCAGCGCUAGACACCCCUUCUCCAGACUACUUGGGAGUGAAAGAUGAUCCCGAAGUCACCAAGCUGGGUUUGCUCGACUUCCUGGAAUCAGUCGGGGAAUUUGGGAAAAUGGAGCGUUUCAGUCAGGUGAUCCAAGUGGCUCGGUGGGAUUUGGAGGGUGAGCAGAAUUGGGACGUCUUGAGAGAUCGCUUGGAUCACCUGGAUCGCUUAGAGAAGGUCAACAGGGAGAUUAAACUGUCGUACAUUGCCAGGCUCCAUGAGAAGGGGUUUAAUCUUGGCGAUCUGGAGGAGCAGGACCUGUCCGAUGUCAUGGAUGAAAUGGGCAACAUCGAUGUGGGCUGGAAGCUGUACAGAAGCAGUGGUGCAUUCAUGGGAGAAUCUCAGGAGUUCUCAGAUGCCGGCGUGGACUUAACCGCUCCGUCGGAUUGUGAUGAUCCUCUCGCUCCGGACUCUCUCACCCCUUCCCCCGCGGAGCCGCCUCCUCGACCCCCGAAGCCUCCGGCCCGUCACGCCAGCGUCAACUCCGACCUCCACACCUAUAUUAAUAUCAGCCGAGAGACCACCUCUAUGGCCGUGUCCACCUCACCAACCUUGUCAACCUUCUCACCCAACUCUUCCUCUCCCACAUUCACCACCUUUCGCUGCGAGAAACCUUUACCCCUGUCUCCACCAUCCAUCCCUCCACUCCCUGUCUCCAAACCUGUCCCAUACCUCACUCUUUACACCACUUCAGCUCCAUCCGUCCCCACCCCAACUCCUCCCAUUCCUCCACCUAGGAGGCGACACCUAGCCAGAAAAGAGGCCCAGCGUCUUGCUGCUCUUCAAGCAGAACAGGAAAAGACCCCCCUGUCCUUACCGCCUCCCACCACUCGCCCACCACCUUUGCCUCCUCCGCCAGUUAUCUCCUCCUCUCUGCCCCCUCCAGGUAUACCCCCGCCACCACCACCGGCACUGCCUCCUCCACCUUCCUUCCAUGCGCUGGAUGUAGAAAUCCGCAAGCUGUUGAUGCUGGCAGGGUUGACUCAGGCUGAGCUCCUGAAACUGAGUCCAGAACUUGGUGAUUGCGUCGGAAUGUUAGAUGAGGAAGAUGGGAAGUCCAGUCUACCGGAGGAGGACAAAGAAUCUGAUCCCGAAUUAAUGGAAAAAGGAUGUGGCAGCCGAGGUAAAUCGGCUGCGGAUGGAAGGGCAGAUAUUCCCAGGGAAGGCAAGACAGAAGAGGCAAAAGAGUCCCAGAGAACCACUUCAUUCUCAGAAAUGGCCCGAAGACGAAAGAAAAGCAGCAUUCUAACAUCUGACACUUAUUACAGCACCACCGUAAGUCACACGCAGGACACUAAAGCAAAGAACAUGGGCUUUGACUCCUGCCAUUAUCCAGGUGAGGUGCUUGAUUCACCACCCCCACCUCCUCCACCUCGUCCCUUACCCCCAGUUCCGCCAAGCGUACCGCCCCUUAGAGUGAGCACCCUCCUUGCGAACUCCUCACGGCCUGAGCGUUUCGAUUGGCUAAUAGCGUUUACGCCCGAAGCUGAUAUUCCACUGCAGUCCAUUCAGUUGAGAAAAUCUCACAUGGAAACGACCAAGAAGACUUCCCCAGUUCCAAAAGUGACCAGCUUCAAGGAGUUGCGUUACCGUAACAAGAGUGCUGCCCCUACAACAAAGGUGAUCACUGACCCUGACCCCGACCCCACAGUUAUUACCCCGGACCCUGAUAUACUGUACAACUUGAAGUGGAGACGGGAGAAGGAGGGCAGUGGGGGCAGCCAGUGGGAAUACACCUCUCAGGCCCAGGCCCUGUUUAUGCAGCCGCCCCCGGCCCUCACCUCUAUGGCGGCACUGAAAGAGAUGCUGCAGAGGGCAGAUGAGGAGAGUGGAAGAGCCGCCAAGGUGGGCUGCUCACAGAGUGACAGCAGCCUAUGGACAACUGGCAGAGAGUGGGAGCGUGAAGAUGUGGUAAAGGAGGACAAGAAGAGGUGGGAAGAAGAAGAGGCGGAGGUGCGAGGACAGGCCGACGGAGGGAGAACACUUGAGUCAAGAACUACUGUUUCCUCUCCCUCACUUUCCCUUAUCCAGCCGUCUCAGCCCUACUUCCUCCACGCUAUCCCUACCUCCUAUCCACAGGAUCACUUCCAUAUAAAUUCCAGGCCGCACGCCCACGUCGGCCAAGAGUCCUCAGAAGCGCAAGACGACCCGCUGAGGGCUCAUGCUGACGCUGUGUUUAGCUACCAAUCUGGGGUUUAUUUGGGUUCCCUCGACCGUGGGAAUGAAUUAAAAUAUAAUAAACCGAAACAACGUUCCAGUAGUUGGAGAAAAGAUGACACUUUGGGCUCUCAGAGUAAUAUUGACUCUCUCUACUGCAGUGACGAGCAAAGCAUUGCAGACAAUCGGGCUGCAGUUGCUACAGAAUGCACCACUCCAUAUAAAAACAUAGAUGUUAUGAUGACUCACCAAUGUGAUCAAAAAAAGGAAAGAGACAGUUACGCUAACAGAACCAGGACGUCAAAAGAGCUUCCCCCUCUCCCGACUUAUUACCUGCACCGCUCCAAGCACUGCCCAUUGCACGGGGGCUCCCCUCCUCGCCUCUCCCCCGUCGGAGCCCUUUCACCUCCCCAGCGUUCGGGAGCACUCCCACUUGGUGCGCUGGGCUCUGGCCUAACCUCACCCCUUUUCCCUCGCUCGCACACUUUGCCGGCCCUCGUCGCGCCCCCCUACUACCCACACCUUUACCCGUCUAUACCUCUUUGUGCUCCUCCCCUUCCCCCAAAACUCUACCAGGCUUCGCAGCAGCCACGCGUGGCCACUGUUCGCAGUGUGUCGUUCGCUGGAGCCGUGCAGAGAGGUGACGCAUCCUGGAUGGGCGAAGAUGUCCCACAUCCCAUGAGAGGACACCGCUUGUCCUCUCUGCACCUGCUGGAAAAGAGAGCUCUCGUCAGUGCAGUCAGUGUUGCAGUGGAAGCAGUCUUGGCCCAGUUCAGUUCUUCUCGGACUGUGGUUCAAAAGGCCUUAUCAGGAGACAGCACUGUAAAUCCAUCUCUGGGCCGUCUGGUGCUGCAGUGCCUCUGCCCCGCCCUCCACAGCCUGCUAACGGACGGUCUGAAGCCCCACCAGAGUGACCUGAUUGCAGGCAGGAGGCCAAAUUCGGCUUGGAGCUUGGUUCUGGCUUCUACAAAACCAGGUCCUAAAACACAAGCCCUGUUCAAUCUACAACUUCGAGUUGGAGAACUGCAUCAUCUGAAACAGAGCAAACACCGCUUCAAUGCAUUUGUCCUCGGAUUACUCAAUUCGAAGCAGCUUGAUUUCUGGGUUUCCCACCUUCAGUCCAGCAGUGAUAUAUUGGAUACAUAUUACCGUCCAUCCUCCUUCAUGCGUCUGUCGCUGAGCGCCUGCCAGCCUCUGUUUGAUGAGCUUCUCCUCGUGCUGCAGCCUCUCAGCUUGCUCACCUUCAACCUUGACCUGCUCUUCCAACACCACCGCUUGGAGCCCCACAUCCCUGCGCCACAGGUGCGCAGUCCCCCCAGUCAAGAUGCAGGACAAUCGAACAGGCCUGAAAUAAGAGGCGGCAAAUACAUGGAAAGCCUCUCGGGAGUAGACUUUUCAGAUCCCGGAAAUCAGGAAACUGAAAAGGGUCAACUUACUCCUGGUAAUGUGGCGUGGUCACUCACCCUCGGGCACACUAGUCCACAGCUGCGUUGGAUCCAGGAGAAGAGAAUUGGCGAACUACCUCCUCCAAACCUAGAUGAGGACAGCCUCGCCCAGCAGGCUGGACAGGUCAUCCAACAGGGGUGGGGGGCUGUGAUGCGUUGGGGAGAAAGACUGAGCCAGAACCUGGCCGAGCUCAAUCUGGCUGCAGGGAAGACAGAGGAGGCGAAGAAUAUUCAACAGGCCCAGACAGGGAAUGACUUGGCCCCAGUUAACUCUGUCGCUCAGGUGCCCUGGAGCCUGGGUCGCCUUUUUGGAUUUAAUACCUCCAAAAGCCCCAAUAGUCCAGCAGGUCACGCACCACCAAGCAGACGUCCGUCGCAGUGGUUAGCUCCUGGUGUCACAGCGCUGACCCGAAUGGUAAGCAGCAGUUCUGCGCCGGUUUUGAGGAAAACCCCAGAACCAAUGGAGAGGAAUCACACAGUGUCCGAAAUCACGCCCGAUGCUCCGCAAAUGACAGAAAAAACACACAGGUCUGUGCGAACGCUGUGUGACCACACGGGAUCGGGCUCCGAGCUCAGCUUCCGCAAAGAUGAGGAGCUCAUAGUCUUAGCUGGCGUCGACCAAGACUGGAUCCGCUGUCGUCAAGGAGACAGAGAGGGGCUGGUACCGAUUGGCUACACUUCACUCAUCAUGUGACGCUGCAACAGCUGGACUCCAUGAAUUGUUGAUGGGAAAACAAACAUUUAAAAAUAUAUACAGUAUGUGGUUGGGCAAAUACUAAGAGGUUCCAGUAGUUUUCUUUAAAUGAUAUUCGACUAUAACGUGAGUGUUUAUCGCGAUUCGUCUAGUAUGGUGGCACAGAUGGCAUCAAAUAUUGACCUUUAAGUCCAAUAUCCCGGUAAAUUCCUUUCCUGCGUUGUACGCCUAUCCCGGCAGCUGCUGACCUUAGGGUACUUAAUCACUCGUAGGUCUAUUGGAUUAAUGGUCGACAUGUGUUGACAGCAUCACGGUGCCCAAGUUGGGAGUACUGUCCCAGAACCUCUUGUUGCAUAAGUGGUCAUGUAGUGAACUGUAGCCGUGCGUACAUGUGUUUUAUUGCCCAUUCAACACCACUGGCCCCCCAAUCACCUUUUACACCUUCGGGUUAAUACGUGUUUGACAUUUUACUGCUGUAAAAAUAUACAUAAAUAUAUAUAUAUAUAAAACAAAUAAAUAUAUAGGUCUAUAUAUGAAGUGAGAUUGAUAUUGCAUUAAACACAAAAGCAAGCAAAUGUAAUGGUUGCUACGCCGACGAUACAGGUGGAAUCUCUGUCAAGCGUUCGUCACACAUGCAAACAACAAGGAGUUGGUGUUUGAAAUCCAGUAUCUUCCUUCCUGCGUGCUUCACGUAUUGUCUUGAAAUCUCAUCAAAAAUGCAUUUGCAGCAUUUCCUCAAAUAGUGGCCUCCACUCGAAUAAAUGAUCUGGAGCAUUGCUGACUUGGGCCAAGAGGCCGAGUCAAUCAUGGAUUGGUUGCCAGUCAUCGACAUACACAUAAAAGAAAGAACACCCGCUUUCUCCAAGUGGAAGACUAUGUGCCGCUUUAACCUUUUAUAUGGCAAGUUGCCUGCUUUUGAGAGUGAUCGACAUCCAAUUCAUUGUAACUGGGAGGACUAGCUGUGAAUUCUCAUUUUUCAGUGCCGUUGAUGGCAGUAGACAUGACGGCAUCGCGUUUAAACUGCACUUUAUUAUUCGAUAAGAGAAACAAACAAAAUGUUAUUAAACUAUUGUGAAGCAGCAACACUUUCCAGUUUAUGGCCUCUAUUUGAGGAAAUACCAUAGAAUCCAAUGAUUAUCACAGUACGGCUAUAACUAAUUUCCCACUGGUACUGCUUAGGCAUGAGCUCAUUACGUUUAAACACUACCUGAAGUGAAUGCAGCAAGCAAACCCUCUCUUAUAUGUGGCAGUGAUGAUGAAGAUGUCUUCUGGUUUGUUGGCUUUUGCAUCCACAUUUAACCCGUAAACCGGCCAUGUUUAAGCUUCCCAUGUCAUCGAUAUUAGCAAAAGUGGUAGUAGAAAGUGAUCAUGUGGUGGCAGUGAUAUGUUCAUACACAGUACUUUGCUUUUCCCUUAUCUAGUUGGGUGAUUAUUCUCAUUUUUAGGUUUGACAAGGCAACAAAUGUCGUGUUGUUGGGAUGAAAAGGGGAGGAGUCAUGCAUUUUGUGUUCCAAAAAAAUGAAAGAGGUCAAGUUUAAUGUCUAAAUAUAAAGGAAUGUUUUAUUUUUUUAUUUUACUGAUCAAAUCAGCUAUCAGGGAACUCUUAAGUUAUUGUGUAAUGGCUGUGUAGCAUUACGGUCACCAUAGCAACAGUAGCAUUAAGUUACACCGGUGCUCAUCACUGAUGACUCGCGUUGGGUUAGCAAGAAACCAUCGGUCUCACUGGAACAUCAUGGGACAAUUUUUUUGUUUUACAUUAUUCCAAUGUGAGGUGAAGACAGCCAUGCAUCAGUUUGCACGCUUUUUAUUUAUUGGAUGUACUAUUUAUUGCUCUUUCUGAGUCAAAUCGCAGGGUUUUGAGAUGUGAGAGUAAAUGAAUGUGUCAAGGAAAGCACAUCCUGGUCUUUCACUUGUGUGCGAGUGGGAGUGUAACAAUGGGUAGUAGUCAGUAGCUUCUCCCUCCUUCCCUCUGGUGUCAUGUAGCCCGUAGACAUGCCCUGUGUCCUAUUAUGAUUACUGCAUAAUUGUGUCCCUGUCCACUUCCUGCAUGUGCUUGUUUGUAAAUACACCAAAUAAAAUCUAUGAGUAUGAACCAAAUCUUUGAUUUUGUCU